AACUUCAUUUCAAUUCACAAAGAGGUUAAUUUGUUUAUGUGGCAUUUAAUUUCCAGUUAUAGUGGAUUUAUUCCUUACAUUCCGUUAAAUGAUAUGUUUGUAUAUUUGAAGGAGCUAUCAAUUUGUAAAGGAACAAAUACUAUACCGAAUAUGAUUCGAUAAUAAAUCCUUACAAAAUAAAUGAUAUUGAAGGUUUCUUUCUAUUCACAUUGAUAAAUAUUCACAGACAUGCAGUUUAUAAAAAUUCUGAUAUUCAUCUUGUUUAUUUUUUCGUACACAUCCAGUUGUUUCGGUUUUUUAGAUAGUGUUGUAUUAUUAGGAUCAUGGGCAUAUCAAAAAUUAUCUAACAAUUACUGCAGUAAAAAGGAUAUACCUAGUGAUUUUAAAGCACUUCGUAGUCUAAUUAAAGGUAAAAUCUUUGGACAACCAUUAAUUGAAAGCACAGUCGUUAAUGCUUUGAGGUCACACUGGGAUGAAAGGAGUGAACCUGAAAAAGCAUUAACUAUAAGUUUCCAUGGAGGUCCAGGUGUUGGAAAAAAUUAUGUUGCAAAAUUCAUAGAACAAGCUUUAUAUUCCCAGGGUAUACGAAGUCCCAACGUUCAUAAUUUUAAUGCUCGAUUAGAUUUUCCUAAAAUCAGUGAAGUUGACCAAUAUAAGAAAAAUCUAGAAAAUUGGAUAAGUGGAAAUGUUUCUAGAUGUCCUAAGCAACUAUUUUUAUUUGAUGAGGUUAACCAGAUGCCUCCAGGAAUUCUUGAUGCUCUGAAGCCUUUCAUUGAUCAUUUUGAUGAUGUCAAAGGCAUAAGCUAUAAGCGGGCAAUUUUCCUUUUCCUCUCAAAUACCGGUUCUGAAAUUAUAAAUGAAAACUCUUAUUAUUUGUGGAGUAAAGGUAUCAAAAGAAAUGAAAUCAAGUUACAUUUCUUUGAAAAAUUAAUUUCACAAGGUUCCUUCAAUGAAAAGGGUGGAUUCCAAUACUCUGCAACAAUCAAGAGUAAUUUAAUUGAUCACUAUAUUCCCUUUCUACCAUUAAUGAAAUCUCAUGUUCGAAUGUGCAUAGAAGAGGAAUUUAGAAAAAACUUUAUACCUAAUCCUACUGAAGAACAGAUACAGGCUGUAUUGGACUUCAUAGAUUGGGGACCUGAGGCAGAUAAUGGUGUAUUUGCUAAGACGGGAUGCAAAAGAAUAAGUCAGAAAGUUAGACUAUUAGCUGUUGACGACGAAGAAUAUUAGUAGUUCUCAAUGAAUAUAAUGAAAAGUAACCAAUGUAAAAAAUUAUCUUUUUCCAUAUAAUUUUUAAGGUCUUCUGAACUAGAAGCCCUUGCAGCCAUAAUUUUAUAUUUAACUAUAAGUGAUCAGUAUAGAAGAUUACAUCGGCUAUUUUUGAUGUAUUAAUUUGAGAUAUACAACGUUAUACAUUAUAUUUUUCCACCAUA